CUCAUGUGGUCAGUGAGUGCAGAGACAGAUCUGUGUGAAGGCAGCUGCUGCUGAUACCGCAAGAGACAGGAGAGAGGGAACGAGAGAGAGAUUUGAAUAGCGCUACUGUGCUUCAUAAUUCCACAGACCCAGGACUUUAAGGAUGUAUUUUGUGAUCUCAGCUAUGAAAGCUCAAAUUGAAAUUAUUCCUUGCAAGAUAUGUGGAGAUAAGUCGUCAGGUAUCCACUACGGCGUGAUCACCUGCGAAGGCUGCAAGGGUUUCUUCAGGAGGAGCCAGCAGAGUAAUGCAGGGUACUCCUGCCCUCGUCAGAAGAACUGUUUGAUUGACAGGACCAGCAGAAACCGCUGCCAACACUGUAGACUGCAGAAAUGCCUGACCGUAGGCAUGUCACGGGACGCGGUGAAGUUUGGCCGUAUGUCCAAGAAGCAGAGAGACAGCCUGUAUGCUGAGGUCCAGAAACACCGUCUCCAGCAGGCCCAGCAGCUGCAGAGAGACCUCCACCCUCAUCACAACCCCCAGAACCCGGGGGAGGUCGAGCCUCUCUCUCCCCACUACGGCCUCACCGACCUCCACGAAGACCUGGGAGGGUACAUGGAGGAACACAGCCCCGAGGGGGGUAACGGCCCAGCCUCCAAGGGGGGCUCUGACUCAGGAGGAGCGGGGGGGUUCUACCUGGACAUUCAGCCGUCUCCUGAUCAGUCUGGUCUGGAUAUUAACGGUAUAAAACCAGAGCCUCUGUGUGAUUAUGGUUCCAGCCAGGGUUUCUUCCCCUACUGUUCCUUCACCAACGGAGAGACGUCUCCCACAGUAUCUAUGGCUGAGCUAGAACACCUGGGCCAGAACAUCUCCAAGUCCCACCAGGAGACGUGUCAGUACCUGAGGGAGGAGCUGCAGAGCAUGAGCUGGCAGGCCUUCCUCCAGGAGGAGAUAGAGACCUACCAGACGAAGCCAGAGGAGGUGAUGUGGCAGCUGUGUGCCAUCAAGAUAACGGAAGCCAUCCAGUACGUGGUGGAGUUCGCCAAACGCAUUGACGGCUUCAUGGAGCUCUGUCAGAACGACCAGAUAGUGCUGCUCAAAGCAGGGUCUCUUGAAGUGGUGUUCAUCAGAAUGUGUCGUGCCUUUGACUCUCAGAACAGCACCGUCUACUUUGAUGGGAAAUACGCCGGGACCGACGUCUUCAAAGCGUUAGGUUGUGACGAUCUGAUUCGCCUGGUCUUUGAGUUUGGGAAGAGUAUGUCUGUCAUCCAUCUCUCUGAGGAGGAGAUCGCUCUGUUCUCAGCGUACGUCCUGAUGUCUGCAGAUCGGACUUGGCUUCAGGAGAAGGUGAAGGUGGAGAAGCUUCAACAGAAGAUCCAGCUGGCUUUACAACAUGUCCUUCAGAAGAACGGCAGAGAGGACGUGGUUCUCACCAAGUUGAUAUGCAAAGUGUCGACCCUGCGGGCGUUAGUCAGCCGGCAUACAGAGAAGCUGACGGCCUUCAGAGCAACCUACCCAGACAUUGUCCAAGCCCACUUCCCUCCACUAUACAAGGAGCUGUUUGGCUCAGACUUUGAACAGGGUUCCAUGUCCAUAGACGGCUAGCCAAGGACCCGUCGGUAUACUACCGUACUGUAUCUGCCCUGUACUGUAGUUUACUUCAUGGAGCCAGUGUUGAUCUUUGAGAGACAGAGAGACACGUGGAAUGAGAGACACUCAGAGAGUGCCUUGGUCCUGGUCCUAACCUGCUUUUACCUGGACAGACAGAUGACGUUUCUCUGUUCAUGUCCGUCUGUCUUCUCCUCUGUGUCCUCCUGGAUGAUGAGUUGGGAUGUUUCUGGGGGGAAAAAAACAUUCAAGCACUUAGAAAACCAACAGCCUUUCCUCUCACAACAACAAACCUAUUGGGACAGGGUGAGCGGAUUUAGUCACAACACUUACCUAUAGACAACGGUGUGAUGGACAGCAGAUACAGCCACAACACUUACCUAUAGACAACGGUGUGAUGGACAGCAGAUACAGCCACAACACUUACCUAUAGACAACGGUGUGAUGGACAGCAGAUACAGCCACAACACUUACCUAUAGACAACGGUGUGAUGGACAGCAGAUACAGCCACAACACUUACCUAUAGACAACGGUGUGAUGGACAGCAGAUACAGUCACAACACUUACCUAUAGACAACGGUGUGAUGGACAGCAGAUACAGCCACAACACUUACCUAUAGACAACGGUGUGAUGGACAGCAGAUACAGCCACAACACUUACCUAUAGACAACGGUGUGAUGGACAGCAGAUACAGCCACAACACUUACCUAUAGACAACGGUGUGAUGGACAGCAGAUACAGCCACAACACUUACCUAUAGACAACGGUGUGAUGGACAGCAGAUACAGCCACAACACUUACCUAUAGACAACGGUGUGAUGGACAGCAGAUACAGCCACAACACUUACCUAUAGACAACGGUGUGAUGGACAGCGGAUUCAGUCACAACACUUACCUAUAGACAACGGUGUGAUGGACAGCAGAUACAGCCACAACACUUACCUAUGGACAACGGUGUGAUGGACAGCGGAUUCAGCCACAACACUUACCUAUGGACAACGGUGUGAUGGACAGCGGAUUCAGCCACAACACUUACCUAUGGACAACAGUGUGAUGGACAGCACAUACAGCCACAACACUUACCUAUGGACAACGGUGUGAUGGACAGCGGAUUCAGCCACAACACUUACCUAUGGACAACAGUGUGAUGGGGAGCGGAUUCAGCCACAACACUUACCUAUGGACAACGGUGUGAUGGACAGCGGAUUCAGCCACAACACUUACCUAUAGACAACGGUGUGAUGGACAGCAGAUACAGCCACAACACUUACCUAUAGACAACGAUGUGAUGGACAGCAGAUACAGCCACAACACUUACCUAUGGACAACAGUGUGAUGGGGAGCGGAUUCAGCCACAACACUUACCUAUAGACAACGGUGUGAUGGACAGCGGAUUCAGCCACAACACUUACCUAUAGACAACGGUGUGAUGGGGAGCGGAUUCAGCCACAACACUUACCUAUAGACAACGGUGUGAUGGGGAGCGGAUUCAGCCACAACACUUACCUAUAGACAACGGUGUGAUGGACAGCAGAUUCAGCCACAACACUUACCUAUAGACAACGGUGUGAUGGACAGCAUAUUCAGCCACAACACUUACCUAUAGACAACGGUGUGAUGGGGAAGUGGUGUGGAGUUCUACACCCUUUCAGUAAACAUCACCUUCAAAGCCAUCUGCUAUUAAACCUUCACAACAGGAAGAAGAGUGGAAGUCACCACCACGACAAUAACAGGGUUAUGUCCCAAAGUGCACCCUACUCCCAUACGCAGUGCACUACGUGUAAUAAGAGGAUCUGGUUAAAAGUAGUGCCCUCAUUUAGGGAAUAGGGUGCCGUUUGGGAUGCAGAUCAAGGUGUCUAUUCCACCUCUUUCCAAUGUCCUACAGGGUAUUACUAUGCUGAUAAUAAGUACAUACUAUAUUGAGAAAUGAAUCAAUGUUUUACAAUCUAUUUGUGUUAUAGCUUGUAUCUCUCCCAUGUGUUCCAAUUGACGAGCCACUUUAACUGACGCCUGUCUCUGAGUUAAUGAAUGAAUAGUGUAUUGUCCACACCUGUCUCUAAGUUAAUGAAUGAAUUGUGUGUUGUCCACACCUGUCUCUGAGUUAAUUAAUGAAUUGUGUGAUGUCCACACCUGUCUCUGAGUUAAUGAAUGAAUUGUGUGAUGUCCACGCCUGUCUCUGAGUUAAUGAAUGAAUUGUGUAUUGUCCACACCUGUCUCUGAGUUAAUGAAUGAAUCGUGUGAUGUCCACACCUGUCUCUGAGUUAAUGAAUGAAUUGUGUGUUGUCCACACCUGUCUCUGAGGUAAGGAAUGAAUCGUGUGAUGUCCACACCUGUCUCUGAGUUAAUUAAUGAAUUGUGUGAUGUCCACACCUGUCUCUGAGUUAAUGAAUGAAUUGUGUGUUGUCCACACCUGUCUCUGAGUUAAUGAAUGAAUCGUGUGAUGUCCACACCUGUCUCUGAGUUAAUGCAAUACUGUGAUCCAUUAAAGAAUCAAUAGUCCAUUUC